UUAAAGACUGAACUUGUCAGUGAUGUGCACCACUGUUCCUCAGUAGCUCAGCAGGACUGUGAACUCACCAUGUUUAUCCACUGUGAGCUGGUCGUACUGAUACUUGCACUGACUCUCAAUGGUCAAGUUCAUACAGGGCAAAUCUUUGGAGGCCAUGAGGCUGUACCACAUAGCAGGCCAUACAUGGUGCUUUUGGAGCAGCACACAGAGGAUGGUGGUAAAAGUCACUGUGGUGGCUUCCUUCUGAAUGAGGAUUUUGUGAUGACUGCAGCCCACUGCCAAGCCAAGUCCUACACUGUUUUCCUUGGAGUUCAUGACAUGAAUAAGGUUACUGGAAUACAGCGUAUAUCUGUGAAAGAUACAUUUCCACAGAAAGACUACAAUAAAAUGGAACAUAAACAUGACAUAAUGCUUCUUAAGUUGAGCUCUAAGGCACAUUUUAACAACAAUGUGAGACCCAUUGCUCUCGCAGGCCGAGGUGAUGGCUCUCUGCCAAAAUCAUGUUCAGUCUCUGGCUGGGGAAGAAAUGACAGGAACAAAAAACAGAUGUCUUUGAAGCUCAUGGAAGUCAAUGUAACACUCAUUGACAAAGAGUUCUGUACCAUGGAUAAGUUGUACUGCUCUGAGGGACAGACUGGGCCGGGUGAAGGAGACUCUGGUGGUCCAUUGGUCUGUGAGGAUGGAAAGGCGUACGGGGUGGUGUCCCACACCUUCAAUCCAAAAUCAGGACAACCUAUACAUUGCUACACUAAGAUACCUGAGUAUAGAGACUGGAUCGACUCAGUAAUGAAAACGGCAUGAAAAAUCUCUAAUGCAUGUAAUACUUAAUUGAUCAGAUCACAACAUUGGAAUUUACUUUUUUUUCCAAUGAAAUCACUGAAAUACUUGUAACACCAGUGCUUCCAAGUCUGGGCUUUCUUGCUUUCGAUAAUUCAUUUUCUUUACUUUGAUGAUUUCAAAUGAUAUAAUUUUUUAUUUGGAAUGUUCAGUCAAAAGAUUGAAAAUGUAUGAAACGCAUUUACACACACUUCGCUGCUUGAACAUGAAUUAAACCCACAAAUAAGACAA